UCCACCUCACCCAGAGUCAUUGCAAAGGGACAGGCAGCAGUGACAGUGUUCUGGCGAGAGUUCUAUCAACAUGGCAAAGCACAUGGCCCUUUCUUUCCUCCUUGUUCUCACUAUGGCAAGCUCAUCCUUUGCCCGUCGAAAGCUUUUAGUGUUUCUGAUCGAUGGCUUUCGUUAUGAUUACAUCAAUGACAAUGAACUGGAGUCUCUGCCAGGCUUUAAAGAGAUUGUGGACAGGGGAGUGAAAGUGGAUUACAUGACCCCAGACUUUCCCAGCCUUUCCUAUCCAAAUUAUUACACGCUGAUGACUGGUCGCCACUGUGAAGUCCAUCAGAUGACUGGAAACUACAUGUGGGACCCAAGUACAAAUACAUCUUUUGACAUUGGUGUGAAUAAAGAGAGCCUGUUACCUCUUUGGUGGAAUGGAUCGGAGCCUUUGUGGAUCACCAUGACGAAAGCAAAGAAGAAAGUUAAUAUGUAUUACUGGCCUGGCUGCGAGAUUGAAAUCCUUGGUGUCAGACCUAGUUUUUGUCUACCAUAUUUCAGUGUCCCAACAGACUCCAAUUUCUCUGAUGCUGUAAGUGAUGCUCUGGAGUCAUUGAGAAAUGGCAGUGCAGAAAUGGCAGCAGUGUACUACGAACGCAUUGAUGUGGAAGGCCACCAUUUUGGUCCUUCAUCUGUUCAGAGGAAGAACGCUUUGAAGGCAGUAGACAAAGUAUUGACCAACAUGACCAAACUAAUCAAGGACAAGGGCCUUCAGAAUGACCUGAAUGUCAUUUUGUUCUCGGAUCAUGGGAUGACUGACAUUUCCUGGUUGGACAAAGUGAUUGAGUUGAAGAACUAUAUCAAUAUGACUGAUAUUAUCCAAGUAAAGGACCGAGGCCCUGUUGUGAGCCUGUGGCCAACUAAGGAGAAGCAGACUGAGGUGCAUAAUAAACUGAAAGCUGUGCAACACAUGAAUGUUUAUAGCAUAGAAGAAAUUCCAGAUAGAUUCUAUUACAAAAAAGGGAAAUUUGUGUCUCCUUUAACUCUUGUGGCUGAGGAAGGAUGGUUCAUAGCAGAGAGUAAAGAGAAACUUCCAUUUUGGGAGAAUGGCACAGGGAAAAAAGAGGCCUGGCAGAAUGGGUGGCAUGGAUAUGACAAUGAGCUCAUGGACAUGAGGGGAUUCUUCCUUGCAUAUGGGCCAGAUUUCAAAUCUAACUUCAAGGCGCCUUCAAUCAGAUCGGUCGAUGUUUACAACAUCAUGUGCAAUAUUGCAGGAAUACAGCCACUAUCGAACAAUGGAUCCUGGUCCAGAGUGGAGUGUAUGUUAAAAAAUAAUGCCUGUUUGGCACAGUUAUUCCAGUGGAGCAGCUGUGUGCUGGCAUUAAUUCUACUUUUAUUGUUUGCAUAACAGAUCUCAUUACUCUGGCCCCAAAACAAUAUUGGUCAGUGUGACCAGUAACUUGACUUUUUUGUUGUUGUUGUUUAGAAUUCUUUAUUUGGAUAAUGGCUUCAGUAAUAGAAUACUGUCAGGGUAAAUUGCACCUACUCACCCAAAUUCAUCCCUCAAGUUACACAAGGGAUACAUCACAGUGGUUAUAACAAAUGCAAAGCCAAACAUUGCUUUAAUUUACACUGUUGUAAAUAUGUACAGCAGCGUCAAUGAGAGCAGAAUGUAGCCCAUUGUGAGCGUGAGUGAGAAAGUUACUGCAGGAGAUAGAGAAUGAAUGCCCCCCCAUACUACCAUACCUAACUAAGGAGAUGCUGUCACCUCUGCAUAGUUAGGGGCUCAAGGCUGGAUAUAGGCCUUUGUAAUUUUUUUUCUUACUUAAUUGGCCUCUCAGAGUUGGUAAGACAACUCCCACCUUUUCAUGCUCCCUGUAUGUGUAUAUAUAUCUCCUCAAUAUAUGUUCCAUUCUAUGCAUCCGAAGAAG